AUGAAUAUUGAGGAAGUGGUACGGUGUGGAUCUGUUUUUCAGACCGAUUUAAAGGUUACCAUAGUCGAACCAGGUAGACGGGUAAUCACAUUUGUCAAAAACUCUAGAGAUUACAGCAUAGAGCCUUUGUCGAGUGACGAUUCAGAAGAUUUGACGUCAGAAAAAUACCAAUCCGGCGACUUUGGUCAGUGGCAAUGUAGCUGUUUCGGGAUCCUUGGUAUGGUGUGUUUUACCGAAGGACCUUACCUCAUCGUUAUUACCGACGUUGAACGAUAUGGGUGUAUUAUGGGCCAACAUGACGUCUACACAAUAAGAGGCAAGGAACUGGUACCAUUGUAUUACCCAUGUCCUAACACCGAUAUCGAGAACUACUACUGUAGCUUGUUUAAUCAAUUCGACGUUUUGAACAACUUUUAUUUCAGCUAUACGUAUAACCUCGCAAACUCUCUACAGGCUAACUACUCCUAUAAGCAAUGUGUCAAGGAUGACUCAGGCUGGAUACCUCUAGACGCUGGUGUUGUCACUCAGAAGUUCAAAUACAACUUCGUCCACUCAAGAAAGCUUAGUGAAUACUUCGGAACAAGAGCUGAGGGUUUUUGUUUGCGAGUUAUACAUGGUCACUUCGCCCAUACCACCGUCAACCUUUCCGGGCGGAGCCUCACCAUCCACCUUAUAGCCAGACGUUCGAGAUUCUACGCAGGAACACGUUACAGGAAAAGAGGAAUCACAGCCUCGGGGCAUGUGGCAAACGACGUGGAAACGGAACAGAUUCUUGAGGAUGUUACGUGCACGGACUCCAUAUACUCAUUUGUACAGGUCCGUGGGUCUACUCCCACCUUUUGGGCACAAGACACCACGAAGACUAUCGUGAAAAAACCUCCACUCACCUACCCACAAAAUGAUCCUGCAUAUACAGCACCAAGAAAACAUGUAGCGGAGCUUUUUACAUCAUACGGGGUCCCACUUAUCAUGCUCAAUCUGCUCUCUGAUGACACCAUGACGGAUGAAGGACAAUUAUCUGAACGUUACGACUGCAUCGUAAAGUCCAUAAAUGCCGAACUGCCGUCGACGUUGCAAAUACAAUACAUACACCGCAAUAUACGAGGUGCUCUGGAACGUGGAGAUAUACAUCAUAUGGUUACCCAACUCAUCGAACACUCAGCGAAAGAGCUUGGUUAUUUCCAUUUGAGGCAUGGGACAAUAUUAAGCGUCCAAACUGGAGUUUUGCGAACUAGCUGCUUAGACUGCCUAGAUAGAACAAGCGUCGUUACCAUGCAACUGGGCCUUUUCAUUUUCCAGAAGCAGCUGGAAAUGCUUGGUAUCCAGGUUCAAAACCGUGAAGUGCAAGAGGAGUGCAAUAUAACGAGUUUCACUGAGUCAACUCCCAUAAAUAAUGAAGAAUUUGGAUUUAAUAGAACACUGGAACCUUUGCUAGAGCUUUUCAAAAACAUGUUCGAAUCGAUGGGCGACGCUCUGGCUAUGCAAUACGCAGGAUCUAGGGCGCUGCGUAAAUACGAAGGAACCAGCAAUGCUUUAAGCAGGUCCCUUCAGCUUCUGACAACACUAAAACGUCGAUAUUCGAGUCAUUUCACGGACGCGGAUCGUCAAACUCUUUCGAAUGUUUUUAUGGGUGUGUUAAAGCCAGAUAGGCACCCUCCACCGUGGACAAUAGAUGUCGACAAAUAUAUUAGUUGCGAGCGAUUUAAAUGUGAGUAUGCGAAUCUAGAGUGGUGGGUAAUUCCACUGAUGUGUUUUCUAAAGCGGUUGCUAAAGUUAGAAGCUGACGUGACUCGACCGUGGUUCAAUCUUUUUGACAAGAGUGGAGAGUAUCGUCUAUGGUUAACAAUGGCUAAGUUACUGGCGGAACAUCGAUCAAACCACUGUUACGGCGAAUUUCGUAAUGAUCACGUGAAUACCGCAGAAGACGAAGAAGAGGGCCAUGCAAUUGCCACCGUUCUAAGUCCAGCGUUCUCUAUUCUAAGCCCUAGCGCACACAGCACUCGAAAAAAACGUCUAUAUACGGACUACGUCGAAUUCGAAAGAUACCGAUGCUACCAUAUUACAAGAGUAGACAAUGAGGGGAGUUCUACGAUGAACUCGGUCCGCUCGGUAAGAGACGAAGAAAGACGUGCUCUGCCUCCGUAUAUAGAUACAGUUGAUCAAACAGACCGAACUUGCUCCCCUGUACUCCUGAAUGUGAGAAAACCUGAUAAAACGCAAAUGCUGCUUUCGUUAGAACCAUGGGGGAUUGAGGGUGGUGACAAAAGUAGAGUGUUCGGUGAAGUUGCAACGAUCCACUGUAGAGAGGUGGAUUUCGAGCGCUAUAGGCGAUUUGUUGAACCCCAUGGGUAA